AUGGAUCAACAGUAUGAGCUCACACAGAUCGCGCAAGAGUACGGUUCUGGAGGAUUUUUCAAGAAAUUGGCUCUAAACAACGAAUUGUCUGAACUUUGGAUAACAACCCUUGAAGACAAAUCGUACAGGAUCCAAGUCUCAGUCGAUGGGUGGCAUCUACUCGCGUCAGACCAGUUCUUUCCAACAUUCGAAAGUCUUGCUAACGAGAUCAGCCCCAAGUUCCAACGCAAAUGGCUCUUGAAACUAAGUGAAAAACUCCAAACUCUCUAA